AUGGUCGCAGAUUUCGCGAAAAUGUCGAUGCGUCAAGCGCGGUGGGCGGCGGGCAGCGUGCGUGCGAGUAGGGCUGCCACCGACACGCACCAACCAUUCGACAACGGUCGCGCAGGCGCAUUGAUGAAAUAUAGUCCGCUACGUUACGCCCCGGGAAUGGAAAAUAGAUCAGGUGUGCCGAGUGCGCGCGCGCAGAGAUCCGUGAUGACUCAGCACUUGGGCAGCCUUAUUGCUAGCCUGGGAACCGACCUGAGUCGGAGACAAUUUGAAGUUACAAGAAGAUCCAAUGUGGUAGUGGGUGUGGACGACGAGCGCCCUAGCUUCGAGAUACUCGGUGUUAUUCGCACAAAACCCACCAUAACAGCACAGAGCAACCUUGGCCGACCAGUCAGUGAUGCUAAGGACCGGAGUUUACCGGCCGCCGCCACCACGUUGCUCUAUCGUCACUACCUGGCCACAGUGACGUCAUCGUCACGACCUGUAACCACCGUGACGCCGGCCGCCUCGCUAUGCUAA